CCGCUCGCCUGCAGGCGUUCCCCUCUGCGCCUGUCAUAUGAUCAGCUUCCCGUUUGUUUGUAUUCAUGCAGCAAGCUAACCGCUUCCCACUAUGAAACCUCCUCAUCUGUAUUCAAACUAAACCUGUAAUCCACACCGAUCCCACCUCAAUCACUCAAACAGAGCCCACAGAGUCCACACAGACAGAUCAGAGGGAUUUAAAGCUUUAAAAACGGGGUUAUAAUGUCGAUCGAGUACGAGGAGCAGCUAGCCGGAAGCCUGGUGGACUCUUUCCCUAAAGAUUUCGGCUACGGCGUGGAAAACAUGGAUAUGAUGCAGGAAGAUCUGGAAAACUCGCCGUCUGCAGACAGUAAACCCAGAAUCCUGCUGAUGGGACUGAGGCGCAGCGGGAAAUCCUCCAUCCAAAAGAUUGCAUAUACUAAUGAUGAUCUAGCUGACGCCAGUCUGGAAAAGCUUCACCUCAGUUUCUAUCUCACCAGCAUCUAUGAUCACUCCAUAUUUGAGGCCUUCAGUAAGGUGGUCCAGAAACUCAUCCCUCAACUGCCCACUCUGGAAAACCUCCUCAACAUAUUCAUUUCUAAUUCUGGGAUUGAGAAAGCGUUCCUGUUCGAUGUGGUCAGUAAGAUCUACAUCGCCACGGACAGCUCUCCAGUGGACAUGCAGUCAUACGAGCUCUGCUGUGAUAUGAUCGAUGUUGUCAUUGACGUCUCAUGUAUUUACGGCCUAAAAGACGACAGCAACAGUAACGCUUAUGAUAAAGAGUCUCUGGCCAUCAUAAAGCUGAACAACACCACAGUGCUUUACCUGAAGGAGGUCACCAAGUUCCUGGCUCUGGUCUGCAUCCUGAGAGAAGAGAGCUUUGAGAGAAAAGGUUUGAUAGACUACAACUUCCACUGCUUUCGAAAGGCCAUCCACGAGGUAUUCGAGGUGAGCAGCUCCACCCAGAGGACAGGAGCGGCGGUGCACUCCAGCCCCCCCAGCAGCAGCGGUAACUGCCUGGCCCGACUCAAAUCCACAGUGCUGAACGGUACACCCAGGAGCCUGGUUUAACCCAGGACACACGGACUUCUAAGAACACAGGGCCUUCACACUAGUGCGCUGAACGUGCGCUAACGUACACGUGAGAUUACUGGAGCGUUUCUCUACUUCUACCUGCUGUUCCAGGAUCUGAGAGACUCAACAGGACACUCAUACAGGACAAACUACAUUGCUGCUUUUUUAUGAUAUUUUGAUGUGUGUGUGUGUGAGAGAGAGAGAGAGAGAGUGAGUGAGAUUGUGUGCAGAUGCAGCAUCAGCUGUUAUAAUGGGGGAAAUGGGAAAACUUUAGCCAACAGAAUGAGGCACAAUGAAAUAAUUAAAUAGUAAAUAUAGUCUUAAAACUCAUUAUGUAUUAAUGGUGGCCAAAAGUGCUGUCUAGGUAGGGUGCUCAUUAAGUUUUGAGACACAUUCCACCUUUUAGAAGUUUGAGGGUGAAUUUUACAGCAACAAAAAAACAUGUUCAAGUAACAUUUCACAAACAAAUCAAAAUGAAAAAAAAGGGUAAAUUAUGCCUGUUUUUAGGAGCUUCAAAAAUUUUUACAUUGUGAUAAAACACAUUUUACCCAAAUUCUCAUUGCUGUAAUAGGUCAGAAAAUUU